CCGGAAGUUGAUGGUUUCCUCCAUGAUUGUAAACAAUACCAGUAACAACGCGUCUUUUUUUGCAAGGGUUUUGAUUUUAUUUUAAUUGAUAUCCACUAUUGUUGUCCGUAGACAUAACAAACAUCAUGGACGUUUAUCAUCCGGACAGAAGCCUUGAAGAUAGGGAAGCCACGCUAAACACGCUGUUAAUGAAUGCAGCAUGUGGUCGUGUGUUGAGAGGGGAACACAGAGUACCCGGAGAAAACCCCACCUGUCCGACAGAAGAUCCAGGUCUCCGUUCUGCCUUGAAUCAAUCCAUUCCAACUACACAGGUCACUCCCAAACCAGCCAUCAUGGACCCUUCACUUCUGGACUCCAACCUUGAAGAUAGGGAGGCCAUGCUUAACCAGCUGUUAAUGAAUGCAGCAACAGAAGAUCCAGGUCUCCUUUCUGCCUUGAAUCAAUCCAUUCCAACUACACAGGUCACUCCCAAACCAGGAUUUUGUAUCAAGACUAAGAAUUCAAAUAAAGAAAAGGUGUUCAUCAACAUUUGUACAGCAGAAAAUGUUCCAGCCCCUAAAGAGAUGAGUGAUGAAGACCUUAUCAAACUGUUGGAAUCCGAGGACCCUACUGGCUACAGGAUCCCCAUGUCUAUAGGGGAACCACAUGCUGAGAUGGAUAAAGCGGGUGGAGGGUGUACAGCCUAUGACGUGGUGGUCUCCCCUGAGUUCAUGCAGAAGAUGGGAGUCAGUGAGCUGUUCAGGACAUUCUUCCUCACUGUCAUGAUGGAGGGACUCGAGAGCAAAUAUGACAUCCAGCUCAGUAGAGAAUGGAUUAUUUUAAAGAACAGGAAGUUUGUUGGGACGCUUCAGGUCCAAAAUGUGAGGACAAAAUCUAAACCUUUCAUCAUGGAGAUGGACAAACAAAAUGGAGAAACAUCAAAUAAGCCUGGGAGACUAAUUCAAGAAGUAACAUCUUCAGCUGAGGAUAUAAAAUCCAAAGGCAAGGAGCCAGACUACCGUAUUGUGCAGGAGCCGCCAGAAGGUCAUCCAGAGUUCCUGGUGGCAGAGAUAAACCUUCCCAAUGUGAAAGUGUGUUCCAGUAUCAGUCUAGAUCUAGGCGAGGAUCGCAUUCUCCUACAGACUCGCUCCAACACGUAUUACCUCGACAUUUACAUCCCUUUCUUCAUCGUUCAAGCAGAUUGUGGAGCCCAGUUUAACAGGAAAACCAGGAUUUUGACCAUAACCAUGCCCGUUCAGCCUCUUACCUGACAUGUGAUUGCCAGUAACUCUUUUUUGCGUGUGUUUGUUUUCUUCCAAAAUAAAACUGAUAUAAAUGUUGUUUUUUCCAUUACGUCGAAUAUACUAUAAUGCUCUU